AAGAUGUCAUCAUUAUAAAAGCUUAUAAGGCUGAUUGUGACUCCAAAUGUUGUAAAUCUACUGGGAAUGAGUCAGCUAAGCUAGAUAAAAAUAAUUACUGGAUAAGAAAGUAAAUAGAUAGCAACUUAAUUGGUAAGAACAAGGCACAACAGCCAUUACAAAAAUGUGUAUUGCUUUACAAAAUUCAUCUGAUUGCACACUGGAGAUGGAUGCCUGUUACUUUCCUUUUAAAGCUGCUUUUCAUGUACCAGCAUUAACACUUGCUAUAUUGGUUAUAUCCAUCAAUGUGGUUGUAAUUCUUUUAUUUGAGAGAUCAAGAAACUUGAGAAAGCAUCCUUCCAAUGUCAUUUUCUUAAGUUUUGCAAUCAACGAUCUAGUAGCUGGAUUCACCAUUUUAUUCCAUAUUCUUCCUUACUUGCAUUUUGAAAUCGUUGGAUGCACAACACAAAAUAUCACAAAACAAGAUUUGAUAUGGUGGAAUGAGAAAGACAAAUUACCAUACAACAAAGUUUAUACCUGUAUUUUGUUGAUUGCAUUUGUUUUGUUUCCUUUCAUAGUAUUAUCUAUACAGUAUGUAUCAAUAAUUACGUUGGUCAAUAACCUAUCGAAACAUACACCUUCACGACAAACAGCAGGAUUUCACAAAGCAAGAAAAGCAUUGAUAACAUACUCGCUAAUGUUUUCAUGCUUUGUUAUGCUGUCUACACCGUUCUUUAUUAUGCGUAUAAUUAUUGUGUUUCACAGUACUCUUUUUAACAGCAUUUCUGUUAGUGUUUUCGAGACUAUAUACAUCUUACGAUACGUUACGUCGUUUAUAAAUCCAGUGUUGUAUGCACUUCGCACACGCGACUUUCGUAAAACAUUUAAAGAAUCGAUUGUGAAUUCGUUUCAGUCUUCGAAACGCAACAAAAGAAAUGAGAAUAUUAUGUUGCUCGAUAUCAAAACCUAAGCAAAACUCAAAAUUUUUCAAAUUAUGAGUUUUGUAGGCGUUUUAAAGUUUCAGUGCUUAAUAUUUAAUCAAAUGAAUUGUUAAUGAUAACUUCUUUUCAUUUGAUAUUUAUAAUAAACUAGUCGAUAGCCCUUGCAAAUUUCUGAACCCUUUCAUUACCUUUAGAAACUUUGUUUAUCUAUGCUUAAUUAAAGGAUGAUUUUGACGUUUGCUAACAC